AUGACCUGAGGUAGUUCGGAUAACAACUGAGUUUUCAAUAGAAGAACUGUUUAUUUAGUUCACACAUGAAUGCUGACUUCUGCUUUUGUGCAUAUUUUCAACAGAUAUACAUAAGAUUGAUCUCCAUAAGUCAACCCAGGUCUUGGAUCCUAUGCACUCAGACAGGUUUUCGAGGGCCCCUAUGUCCAGUCUCUAUCAUCUAAUCUCACCAGAACAGUGCUCAGGCUCCUCUAUAUGGACUCCUCACCUGGGUUUUCUGUUCUCCAGGACUCUCCAACUUCAACCUGGACAGUUUAAGUGUAAAUUCUCUGACCUUGUGUUUGAGAUGGAGUUGGAAGGCAGACUGACAUAUAAAAUAGUGUCCUGGGACAGCCAUGUCUUUGUUGGAUUACACAACAUGGAGCCAGCAGGUCCUAUGUACAAUAUCGAGUGCUAUGGAAGUUCAAUCCAUCGCCUGCACCUUCCACACUGUGAGACCCGUACAGAUGUGGUUAAAUUGACUGUGGCUCAUGUGACUGGUGGAAAUGUGGAGAUUAUUCAACCUGUAGAAGUUACAGACACACAUGUGAUUAUAGAAGUUCAACACCUCUCAUGUUUUGGUGUUUUAAAGCCAUUGUUAUACAGAGUGUAUCCCAUCAGAGCCCAAGUUCUUUUGUUCUAUGAGCAAAGUCUGAGUAAACUUCACAUCCAUCUGUUGAAGCGGAAUGUCCCGGUCGAAGAGGUGCAGAAAAAACAUCAGAGAUUCACAUACAUUACAACAAGCUCCAAAUGUGUACUGAGCCCUCGUAAAACAUACAGGCCAUGCUGUAAAACUGAUGACUGUGAUUAUGUUUCUCAACCAGAGGAGGAGAAAUUUGAUCGUGACUAUGACCCAAACUACCACCCUACAUUUGAAGUGAUCCUCAAUACUGAUGUUAAACAAGUCACGUUAAGUAUUUUGGAUGAAGACAACCAGGUGGUGUGGAAGCCUCGGACUGUCUUACUUCCAGGUAGAUGUAGAGUCUCAACCACUAAAGAUUCACUCGGUGCUGAUUUUGUGGAUAAAUACAAAGCUGAACUCAUUCAGAGAGUUCCUUCAGUAAUGGAGAUAGUAGACUGUCUAAUAUCCAAGAUUAUUAUUACUGAUGAAAUGUACAAUAAGAUCAAUGCAAAGAAAACAUCCCAAGACAAAAUGAGAGAACUGUACAGAUAUCUCAACUCGGCAGGACGAGCUGCGAAAGCUGAAUUCUUUCAAAUUCUACGAGAGAAACAUCACGAUUUAGUGACGGAUCUGGAUUCGGGAUCAGAUCUGGAUUAGUGGACGUUUAACAGAGUGAAUCACAUGCACACAGGGGUGUAGACCUUGGGCCCCAUGUAAAGACAUUGUUGGGGGCCUUUUUCCUAUCAUUUCAUUAUCAAUGCCAUUUGUGUUACACAUUUCCCUUACAGAUACAGUACCUGUUUUUUUACCUUCUUUAUCAGCAUGUUUGUAUAAAUCAAAAUUUGCCCGGACUUUGGCUACAUGCUUCUGUUUAUGUUCUGUGUCACUUGUCUGUCCCGCCCUUGUCUCUUCAUCCCUGCCUCUGCACACCUGUUCCUGAUGUGUUAAUUGUGUGGUGUAUUUAACCCGUGACACGUUGCCUAUGGCGGCACAGAAUCCUCGUCCUAUGUCGUCUUGUCAUGUCACGUUUUGUCGAGUCCUUGUCCCUGUUUCGUGUUUUUUUAUUUAAUAAACCAGUUUAUUUUA